CCGGCCCGGCCCCGCGCCCCGCGCAGCCCGGGGCGCCGCGCGUCCUGCCCGGCCUGCAGCCCCAGCCCUUGCGCCGCUCGCUCGACCCGCGAUCGUCCACCGGACCGUGCCUCCCGGCCGCCCGGCCUGCCCGCGUGCAUGCUUCGGUCUGGCCGGGCCUCUGGGCCGUCCGUCUCCAGUGGCCGGGCCAUGCCGAGUCGCCGCGUCGCCAGACCGCCCGCUGCGUCGGAGCUGGGGGCCUUGGGGUCCCCCGACCUCUCCUCGCUCUCGCUUUCCGUUUCCAGGACCACAGAUGAAUUGGAGAUCAUCGAUGAGUACAUUAAGGAGAAUGGCUUUGGCCUGGACCGGGCGCAGCCGGGCCCGGGCGAGGGGCUGCCGCGUCUGGUGUCUCGCGGGGCGGCCUCGCUGAGCACGGUCACCCUGGGGCCUGUGGCGCCCCCAGCCACGCCGCCGCCCUGGGGCUGCCCCCUGGGCCGGCUGGUGCCCCCCGCGCCGGGCCCGGGCCCGCAGCCGCACCUGGUCAUCACCGAGCAGCCCAAGCAGCGCGGCAUGCGCUUCCGCUACGAGUGCGAGGGCCGCUCGGCCGGCAGCAUCCUCGGGGAGAGCAGCACCGAGGCCAGCAAGACGCUGCCUGCCAUCGAGCUCCGGGAUUGCGGAGGGCUGCGGGAGGUGGAGGUGACUGCCUGCCUGGUGUGGAAGGACUGGCCACACCGAGUCCACCCCCACAGCCUCGUGGGGAAAGACUGCACUGACGGCGUCUGCAGGGUGCGGCUCCGGCCCCACGUCAGCCCCCGGCACAGUUUCAACAACCUGGGCAUUCAGUGUGUGAGGAAGAAGGAAAUUGAGGCUGCCAUUGAACGGAAGAUUCAGCUGGGCAUUGACCCCUACAAUGCUGGGUCCCUGAAGAAUCAUCAGGAAGUAGACAUGAAUGUGGUGAGGAUCUGCUUCCAGGCCUCAUAUCGGGACCAGCAGGGACAGAUGUGCCACAUGGACCCUGUGCUUUCCGAGCCAGUCUACGAUAAGAAAUCCACAAACACGUCAGAGCUGCGGAUUUGCCGAAUCAACAAGGAGAGCGGACCGUGCACGGGUGGCGAGGAGCUCUACUUGCUGUGUGACAAGGUGCAGAAAGGUGAGGGGCCUGGGGCAGCAAGCUGGGGCAGAGUGGGGUCUGGCAGCUCAGAGGGAAUCACACUGCACUUCUCUCUCUUCAUCCUCAUAGGCCCGUUUCUCCCGCCGUCAGCCCUGCUGCCAGACCCAGACUUCUUCUCUGGCACCGUGUCCCUGCCAGGCCUGGAGCCCCCUGGCGGGCCUGACCUCCUGGACGAUGGCUUUGCGUAUGACCCCCCCCCACUCUUGACCAUGCUGGACCUGCUGCCCCCGGCGCCGCCACACGCCAGCGCUGUUGUGUCCACUGGGGGUGCUGGGGCUGUGGUUGGGGAGCACCCCGGCCCUGAGCCGCUGACACUGGACUCCUACCAGGGCCCGGGCCCCGGGGACGGAGGCACCGCCAGCCUCGUGGGCAGCAACAUGUUCCCCAAUCAGUACCGCGAGGCAGCCUUCGGAGGCGGCCUCAUGUCCCCCGGGCCUGAAGCCACGUAGCCCCGUGGUGCCGGAGGAGGGGCACUGGGUGGGGAGAGGGGUGGAGGAGCUGUGCAAUCCCAAUCAGGAUGUCCAGCAUCCCCAUCCCCUUGGCCCACCCUUGGAUUGGUCUUCCUCAUGCUUCUGAAGCGGACAUAUUCAGCCUUGGCGAGAAGCUCCGUUGCACAGGUUUCCCCUUGAGCCCAUUUUACAGAUGAGGAAACUGAGUCCCGAGAGGAAAGGGUAUGGCUCUCGUGCACUAGCUUGUUACAGCUGCCUCUGCCCCCACAUGUGGGGGGACCUUCUCCAGUCGGUUUCGGAAAAGACUGUACAUAUGAGAGGAGGGGGCAGGUCCACGGCCCUCCCUCCCGAGACUUGAAGGUGGGGGGUAGGUUGUUAGAGUCUUCCCAAUAAAGAUGAGUUUUUGAGCCUC